UUUGGCUGAUCUUUGGCGCUGGAGGACUGCAGCUCUGGUGCCGGACGUUGGGACAGAGCGUCACUGACGCACAAUCCCCGACGCUCACGUUCACUCUCUCAGUGUCUCAGGGAAUCCGCGGCGCCUCCUCCUCACCAGGUGCUGUGGGCCCGGGCCCGGGCCUGGCACAGAGGGCACUGUACACCCACAGGAGCCGCGCCACUGAGCAGACAGUUGGGAGAAGCCUCACAUGAGCCCUGAGGGAUGGUAUUUAGGGAUUGAUUUUCCUCCUUACCAAGAUGAAGGGUAGAGUAAGACCUACGGAAGUUUCAAUCAGAGCACAGCAUCGUUCGAGGUGGAACCUGCAAAAGCAUGGCAUUGACAGUGAAGUUGUGAAGAGAAUAAUAAUAGCUGCAGUAAUUCUGUUCUUAUGUGUGACAAGCAUAAUAACAAUUACAGUUGUCUACAUAACCAAAUCACAAAUUCUGACUGCAGGAAUGAAGUAUGGGAUUAUUCUUGAGGCUGGAACCGUCAGAACAAAAUUAACUGUUUACCAGUGGCCGGCGGAAAAGAUACGUAACACAGGUGUUGUUAGUGAAAAAUUAAUUUGCUAUUCUCAAGAAACUGGUUCCCCUCAAUACAAACAAAAUCCUAAAAAAGCAAUUGAUUCACUGGCUAACUGCCUGAAUGCCUCAAUAAAAAUAAUUCCAAAAGAGGAACAAAGCCAGACGGAAAUUUUUUUCCCAGCUACAACUGAAAUGCGACUAUUGUAUUUGCAGGACAAGGUCGUGGCAGAGAGAAUAUUUUCGGCAAUUAGAGUUUUAUUCCAAAGAUUACCAUUCGGUUAUGGACAUAUUACAUUUGUUUCUCCAAGAGAAGAAGCAAUUUACGGCUGGAUCGCGGCAAACUAUUUAAGAGGCAAUUUGGUGGUGUUGGAUGGUUUGCAACAAUACAAACGCUCUCCAUUAUCCAGGACCACAGGUGCUCUAGCCUUAGUUGGAGGUGCUGCACACAUCACCUUUAUUGCCAAGAAGGUUUCAAAAUAUAUUCCUACAUACAAAGUUACACUGUUUGGGUAUAAAUAUAAGGUCUUCACUGAAACCUUUGAUUGCUUUGGAUGGAAGGAAGCUGAGUUGAGACUACUGGUCCAUAUUUAUCAGGCAUUUGGCGGAUUCCAUUACAUGAGAAAAGCCUUGCAGUUGCCGCUUUCAUUUCCAGUGACUAAAUACAAUCAGGCAGUUUGGUCUUUUUGUACAAAAAAGUGGGCUGAGCUAAAAAUUAUGUUUCCAAAUAUCUCAAAUACCUUCAUCAGAUAUUACUGUUUUGGUGGACACUACAUAUACACACUGCUAGUACAUGGGUACAAGUUUAACCCAAUGAACUGGAAACAGAUAACUUUUACAAAUAAAUGUUCUCCUUGUUUCAGAUAAAAGGACACAAAAUAAACUGGUCACUUGGUUUCAUGUUAAACGUCACCAAUAAGAUUCCACGAACCAUUCGAGGGAUCAAAACUACAAUGUCUUCAACUACUUUUAAAACACUUUUCUUUGUGUUUUUAAUCAUAGGGAUGGUAUGUGUAACAAUUAUUUUCAAGGCAAUUUUCAGUGAAUAAAUUGUAAUAAUGCAAGUUCUCAGGACGAUUUUCUUACAACCAAGACUGAUGUUUGUUUAACCAAGAUCUAACUGACAUUUGUUUUAACCAUCUCUUUGGCUUGUCAUUUGAUCUAAAGCAUGUUAUGGUCAUUUGAAGAACACUUUGAGAAGCCACCAGAGUUUUAUCCUUCAAUCAAGUGCUAGGUUUCCAAUGUAGAUUAGUACAUGAGCAGUCAAUGUCUCAUGUUCUCAUUAGGAAGUUUCUCUUUCACUAGCAUCCAAACAACUUAAAAUAAACAAUGGUACUCAGAAUUAUUCCUUACGACGGAACAGGUGGUUUUAAGAAUGGGAGGGUGGGGAAGAGUGGACAUGAGCUUUUGCAGAGACCGAGAUUGUUAUAGCCACCAUGUGCUCUGCUAUACAUGAGCCUUUGGGAAUUAAAUCAGUCAGUGGUGCUGUAGCACAGAGAGGUAAAUUGUUAGCCACUUAUGGUUCACUAAAUUGUAAAAUUGUUGAUUUCAUGUAUGCCUUUGCCUGAAGCACUGAGUGACGGGACAUUAGAAGGAAGCUUUCUUCUAGCCACUCGCAUAUACUUCUCGGUCACUGGACAGAGUAGAGCUGAGAGUGAAUCAUCUAACUAUCAUUGGCCCUGUAAUAGGUGCAAAGAGAAAAUGGGAAGAACUUGAAUAACUCAGAACCAAACAUUAAAUAGAAAUAAAAAUGCAAUCAAUUUGUCUCACAAUAUAUACCAUAUAGCAACUAUGUUAACUGUGACUCAUUUUGUAAAGGCAGUCCAGAAUUAAUGUCCCAUAUUUUCAAUGUGAUUGAUGGCCUCUUUGCUUUUCUAUAAUAGACAUUUUACCAUAUAGACAGAGUCUACGUAUCUGGAAUCCUUGCUUUAAGUAGUAAACUACAGUAAAUUCCUGAUAACUUGACCGUGGCUUGACUUGUCAGUACCACU